UGUAAAGAGGCUGCACAUCGCUCGGACUAGCCUCAUUCUAAGGAACCAGCUCGCUUUUUUUCCCCCUCACAACCUAUUUUUGUGUUGAUGAGGAUCUAGCUGUCUUCCAGCCUUCGUGCGAUGAAGGGAUAACCAGCAGCAGAAUGCCAGAAUUCAUUUGGAGAUCUGUGCUAAUCCUUCAGGCAAGCACUGCAAUCUACACAGCAGCACAGUUCAGUCCAGCUAAGACAUAUGAAGAGUGGUGGGCAUAUAAGGAAGCUGUCCAGGGGAGCUUUGUACCAGGUCCUGCAUUUUGGGGUCUGGUGAACUCUGCAUGGAAUCUAUGUACGAUCGGCAAACGCCAAUCUCCAAUUAACAUAAACACCAGCCAAAUCAUCUUCGAUCCAUUUCUACCUCCACUAAGACUAACCAUGGAAGGAAAGAAGGUUAGUGGGACAAUGCUCAACACAGGGCGACAUGUUCUCUUCCGCCUGGACAAGCAGAAUCCAGUUAAUAUCUCAGGUGGUCCUCUGUUGUACAACCAUCGCCUUGAAGAGAUCAUGCUGCACUUUGGUAGUGAAAAUGGGAUUGGCUCAGAACAUCUCAUGAACAAGGAAUCAGCAGCUGGAGAGGUACAGCUGAUUCAUUAUAACCAGGAUUUGUACAGUAAUGUCAGCGAGGCAUCCCGCAACCCCAAUGGCCUGGCUAUAAUCUCUUUGUUCGUGAAUGUGGCGGAAAACUCCAAUCCAUUUCUCAACAGGAUGUUGAACAGAGAAACCAUCACAAGGAUAUCUUUUAGAAAUGAAGUCAAUUUCAUACAAGAUCUUAGCAUUGAAGAAUUGUAUCCAGACUCAUUUGGGUUUCUGACAUAUCAAGGUUCCAUGACCAUUCCUCCAUGCUAUGAGACAGUGACUUGGAUUAUAAUUGAUAGGCCUCUGAACAUCACUUCAAUGCAGAUGCACUCUCUACGCCUGUUGAGUCAGAAUCAACCAUCACAGAUCUUUCAGAGUAUGAGUGACAACUUCCGCCCAGUGCAACCCCUUUUCCAUCGAGGGCUGAGAGGCAAUCUCGAUUUCCGCAAACCAGGACGAAAAUGCAAAGGAGCAAACUACAAACUGCAUGUGGACAGGUUCAUGUCUUCCAAGAACUCAGACUGAGAUAUUUGUGUCACGCCUGUCCACCUGAAAAAACUUCCAAUUGAACUUUUGAUUCAUAAAUGAAGCAAGAUUGCCAUUUGAUUGUGUUUUCAAAGAACAUUUUUACAAGUUUUCAAAUAAUACACUUCAUGUGAAAUGCACAGUGUCACCAACACAUGGUGUGUGAGAAAUGCUAAACUAUUUUUAAAAGAUUAAAGAUGAUCACUAAUGUCUUCUCUUUAUUGCCAAACGGACAUAAUAAAAGCAAGAGUUGCUGUCUCAAUUACUUUAGGAGGAAACAAUGAAAGUCCAACUGCAAGAUCAGAUAAAUUAUUCAACAGCCAUCAACAUUUAUGAAAUACAUUGAAAUGAAUGUCUCCCAAAAAAUUGCCUGCUCAGAAGUACAUGCUGAACAGCUUUGUGCUAUUUUGUAAUCCUAAAAAUGACUUGCCUGUUCCCGAAAUGUGUGAUAUCUGAUGAAAAGCAGCACAGGUAAUCAGCAGGUGAGAGAUGUAAAAUGCCAGAAAAGAUUAACUGACUUAUUUGUAUUUCUGUCCUAUUAAUAAACCAAACAUUUUACCUAACAGUACAUGAGAUAUGACUUUGAAUUGUUGGUUUCAUUAUCUUGUGAAUUUCUUUUAAUCCAUUCUACCAAGUAAUAAUUCCUGUUUUAUAGAAAAUCAAAAUAAAACAGCCAGAAUCG